AUGGCCGAUACAGAAAGACAAGACUCACCUAUUCAGGAGGCGAAACAUGACUCAAGUACUCCACAAGUCGACGAGAUUGAAAAGGCAAAAGAGCAAUCGAUUUUCGGUGCCGAUGCAGUUGGAUACAAGGAAUACCAGGAAGGACUUCAUUUGGAGAUUUCCCGAAAGGAAAACUCGAAAAUCCGAUGGAAGAUUGACUUGGUCGUUCUCCCCAUCUUUCUUAUCACUCAAGCCCUACAAUUCAUGGAUAAAACCGCUCUGAACUAUGCAAAUCUCCUGGGAUACCAGACCACUCUUGGUCUGAAGGGUGACCAGUUCAAUUACCUGUCUGCGAUGGUCUACGCUGGCUACUUCUUCGGCCAGUAUCCCAGCGGCUGGUUAAUUGGGCGAUUUCCAGCCCAGCGCGUCCUCGGCGUGAGCUGCUUCUUCUGGGGUUUGAUGGUUAUCAUUCUCACUCAGUGCCGCACAUAUUCCAGUGCGCUUGCAGUCCGUUUCAUUAUGGGACUCUUCGAGGCGACUGUUACCCCGGGCCUUACUUUAAUGACAGGAUUCUGGUAUACACGUCAAGAGAUCCCCCUUCGCCAAUGUAUUUGGUAUUCCUCCUUAGGAUGGGGUGGGAUAAUUGGCUCGUACAUCACUUUUGGAAUCACUAAGCUUCCAGCAGAUUUCAUUCCGGCGCGGUGGGAGCUUAUUUUCUACAUCCUUGGCUCUGCGACUUGUCUCUGGGCUUUUGUGAUUUUCUUUGCGCUGCCAGAUUCACCUUCUAGUGCGUUUUUCUUGUCCAAAAAGGAACGAAUUCUGGCUGUGAAGCGUGUUGCAUCCAACGAGACGGGUAUCAAGAAUAAGGCCUUCAACAAGAAGCAGGGCUUGGUGGCCCUUGUCGAUCCAAAGUCUAUUCUUCUUUUUAUUUCAGUCUUUGCUGCUGCCAUUCCCAACGGUGUCAUCAACUCAUUUUCUACUAUCAUCAUCAAGGAUAUGGGAUUUACUACGACAAAGACAACCGAGCUCAAAUCAGUCGGUGAUGCCGUUCUGAUCGUCGCUUUGAUGAUUGGUGGCAUAAUAACGCUGAAUGUUCCAAACUCUCGUCUGCUGACCGCUACUGCUGCCAAUAUUCUGUGCGCCGUUGCUGCAGGGUGCAUGGCAUAUUUGCCUCGCUCUCAUACAUGGUCGAGAUUAGUAUGCUUUUGGCUCACUAAUGCGCAGUCGGUUGGGUUCACCGUUUCAAUGGUGACAGUCUCUUCUAAUAUGGCUGGUUAUACCCACAGAGCAAUGGCCAAUGCGAUGAUCUUUACUGCAUAUUGCUGGGGUAACUUUGCGGGUCCAUUUGUGGUCAAGCCGUCACAGGCACCGGAAUACAAAGGUGCUACCAUCGGACUACUUGUUGGAUAUAUGAUAAAGACCAUAUGUCAUUUAGCUUUACUAGCGUACCUAUUUACGGUGAACCGAUAUCGCGACUCCCAUUAUGGACCUGCGGACAAGGCGCAAAGCGACGAGGCUGGAAUGCGGGAUACAACCGAGUUUGAGAACAAGGAUUUCCGCUAUGUGUUGUGA